AUGGACUUGAAAGCCGUGGAGGAUCUCAAAGGAGUCCUUCGGUCAGACUUUUUCCACGGCUACGCAACCGCCGCUGCCCAAAUUGAAGGGGCAUGGGACCGCGAUGGCAAAGGACUGUCGAUCUGGGACACCUUCGGUCAUACUCCCGGCAAGAUCUCAGAUGGAAGUACGGCCGACGAUGCGACCAGAGCAUACGACUUUUAUCGCGAGGACGUGGCUCUCAUGAAAUCAUACGGUGUGAAUGCCUACCGAUUCUCUCUUGCCUGGUCACGGAUCAUCCCACUCGGCGGCUGCGACGACCCCGUCAACGAGAAAGGUAUCGAGUUCUAUUCGAACCUGAUUGACGAGCUGCUCCGUCACGACAUCACCCCAUUUGUCACUCUGUUCCACUGGGACACUCCCCAGGCCCUUGAAGAGCGAUAUGGGGGCAUGUUGAAUCAGGAAGCCUUUACGCGGGAUUUUGUCCGCUACGCGCGGGUGUGUUUUGAGCGUUUCGGUGACCGAGUCAAGCACUGGAUCACAUACAACGAGCCUGGUGUCUAUACACUUGCCGGGUACGCUGCUGGCGUGCACGCUCCGGGGCGAUCAUCCUUCCGUGAGCGAAAUGCCGAAGGUGACUCGUCCACCGAGCCGUUCAUCGUGGCCCACACCGAACUUGUCUCGCACGGCCAUGUGUCACGAAUGUAUCGUGAAGAGUUUCAGCCACGUCAGAACGGGACUCUGGGGAUCACCCUGCAUGGGAACUGGUCUGAGCCCUGGGACGAAGACGAUCCUCUCGAUCAAGAAGCCGCCGAACGGGCGCGUGAGUUCGAAAUCGCCUGGUUUGCCGACCCGCUUUACAAAACGGGGGAUUAUCCGGCGUCGAUGCGAGCACAAUUGGGCGAUCGACUGCCGCGUUUCACGGCCGAGGAAUCCAAGCUGGUCUUGGGAAGUUCGGCGUUCUACGGCAUGAACAGCUACACCACUUUUUUUGUCCGACACAAAACGACCCCCCCUGACAUCAAUGAUCACAAGGGAAAUAUCGAGAGUCACGAUGAAAACAAACAGGGUAUCCCCCGCGGCGAAGAAAGUGACACGCCUUGGCUGCGGGCCGCACCGACUGGCUUCCGCAAACUUCUGAAUUGGAUCUACCAGCGGUACCAGAUGCCGAUCUACGUGACUGAGAAUGGAACCACGGCCAAGGGGGAAGUGGCACCGACUCCUGAAGUCCUCCACGACACCUUCCGCAUCAAGUUCUUCGAAGGGUAUGUUGGGCAAGCAUUGGCUCGGGCCGUCAAAGAAGAUGGCGUGGAUAUUCGAUCCUACUUUGCGUGGACAUUUACCGACAAUUGGGGUGAGUUGACUGUCCUCCAGGCUUCGAAGAGGGCAAGAUGGCUGACUCCUUUCCCUUUUUCCCUCCUUUUCUUCAACUUUACAGAAUGGGCUGCUGGAUACUCGGAUCGAUUCGGUUCCACCUUUAUCGACUUUGAUUCUCAAGACAAGACCCGUUAUCCCAAGCAGUCGGCCUACUAUCUGGACAAGUUGUUCAAGCAUCUCAUCCAGCAAGCAUAA